ACUGGGCCGAAAUUUCACAAGUUUCUCAUGCUCUAAGCAAAAACACCAAAAUUGGACCCAAGUUCCUAAAUGCUAGUGUUGGUUUUGGUGGCUCUUGCUUUCAAAAGGACAUACUGAACUUGGUGUACAUAUGUGACAGCAAUGGCCUCACUGAAGUGGCUAAUUACUGGAAACAAGUGAUCAAGGUGAAUGACUACCAAAAGAGUCGUUUUGUGAAGCGUGUUGUGACAUCGAUGUUCAACACGGUUUCGGGUAAGAAGAUUGCAAUUCUGGGGUUUGCCUUCAAGAAACACACUAGUGACACUAGGAAGACUCCUGCAAUUGAUGUUUGCAAAGGACUAUUGGGGGAUAACACGUGCUUGAGCAUAUACGAUCCAUGCGUUACUGAGGAGCAGAUUCAAAAGGAUUUGUCAAUGGAUGGUGUAGAAUGGGACCAGCAGCCAAUGAGUUCUACUACCAGAAAAGUUAGUGUUGUUGGAGAUGCCUAUGAGGCAACUAAAGAUGCUCAUGGGAUAUGCAUUCUUACAGAGUGGGAUGAGUUCAAGAACAUUGAUUAUCAAAGCGUGUAUGACAACAUGCACAAACCAGCAUUUGUGUUUGAUGGUAGAAACAUAUUGAAUGUUGACAAGCUGAGAGAAAUUGGAUUCAUUGUGUACUCAAUUGGGAGGCCAUUAGAGCAAUGGCUAAAGAACAUGCCCCAACAGGCUUGAAGAUUAUGAAUAUUGAGUAGGACUAUGUUAUCCUUUGUGACAUUUCACCAGUUGAUAUUUUUCACAUCAUUUCAAGCAUUAGACGUGCUUUAGUU